AGCAACUUGAAUAAACCUAGCAUUUUUUCAAACAUAUUUCAAAACCAUAAUUCAAUGGGGUCUCAUUUCUCUCUAGCAAUCCUCCUCUUAUUAUUCUUCUCCCUCUCUCACGCCAAAUAUCACCAACACCGCCAUUUGCCUCCUGAGAUACGAGGAGCCUGCAAGGCCUCACAUGACCCCUCAACAUGCGAGUCUUCGUUCCAUCAUCACUUUCCUUCCAACCCCACAACCCUUCAAAUAAUCCAUUCCGCGUUAGCUCUGUCCUCUCACAAACUCGCCAAUGCCCAGGCCAUGGUGAAGGACAUACUAAACGCUUCCGGUGGAAACAUUAACAUCACAGUAGCCGCGAAUAAUUGCAUAGAGGGACUCGAUUAUUCGGAAUACAGAUUCAAACAUACGGUUGAUGCAUUGGAAAAAGGCGAAAUAAAGGACGCUCGUACAUGGAUGAGUGCAGCCUCAGGGUAUCAACACGGAUGCUCUGCGGGUUUGCAAAAGGUGAAUGAUACCGUUCAAGUCAGGAAAACGAUAGUGUUGAUGGAGUCUUUGAUAGGGUUGACCAGCAAUGCUUUGGGGAUGAUAAUGAAUUAUGAUAUUCAUGGGAACCAAUUAGCAUCAUGGAGUCCGCCUAAAACGGAGCGUGAUGGAUUUUGGGAAGGUGUUAAAGGCACCAGAACGGACGUCAAGGGCGGGGUACCUUCGAGUUUGAAGCCGAAUGUGACGGUUUGCAAGGUUGGAAAUUGUAACUAUAGGACAGUGCAGGCUGCGGUUAAUGCAGCACCCAACAAAUUGGUCACUGAGAGAUUUGUGAUAUUGAUCAAGACGGGGUUGUAUGGUGAAAUAGUUAGGGUUCCUAUGUCAAAGAGAAAUUUGGUAUUUUUGGGAGAUGGAAUGGGCAAAACUGUUAUUACUGGAUCAUUAAAUGUUGGUCACAUGGCCAACAGUGGGGUCACCACUUUUGAAUCUGCUACUGUCGGAGUACUUGGUGAUGGAUUCAUGGCCAGGGAUCUAACAAUUCAAAACACAGCCGGUGCUAAUGCUCAACAAGCAGUAGCUUUUCGAUCCAGCAGUGAUCGUUCUAUCAUAGAAAAUUGCGAAUUUCUAGGCAACCAAGACACACUUUAUGUCAAUUCGUUGCGCCAAUAUUACAAGUCAUGUCGCAUCCAGGGUAAUAUAGAUUUCAUCUUUGGUAACGCGGCUGCGUUCUUCCAAGACUGUGACAUUCUAGUUGCCCCUCGGGUAGUAAAUCCAGAGAAUGGGGAAACCAAUGCUGUGACUGCUCACGGUAGACUAGAGCCAGGUCAAUCAACCGGCUUCGUCUUCCAUAAUUGUUCCAUCAACGGAACUCCAGAAUAUAUGAAGUUGUAUUAUAGUAAUCCUAGUGUACACAAAACUUACCUUGGAAGGCCGUGGAAGGAAUAUUCCAGGACAGUGUUUAUACAAUGUAAAUUUGGUGAUCUUAUUAAUCCGGCUGGAUGGAUGCCUUGGAGUGGCGAAUUUGCUUUGAACACACUUUACUAUGGAGAAUUCGAAAAUACUGGGGCUGCAGCCAAUGCUAAAGAACACGUGUUAUGGAGUAGCCAAAUUCCAGCUCAACAUGUUUUUUCAUACUCUCUCCAGAAUUUCAUUCAAGGCGAUCAAUGGAUUCCUUCAUCUUCAUGAUUUAAAGAGAACUAUAUAUUAACCCAUUAAUUACUUUAAAAAUACAAUUUUAUCUGCUGCAUUGCAGAAAUCCUCCAUUUAACUACAAGUUCAACAAAAUCUGGAUCACUGAAAGGAGUUCGAAUUUUUUGUUUUGCUACAAGUCUCUUAAAUUGUGGUCGAAAGUCAACUUCUUUUUCAAGAAAUUUGUGAUGCAACAACAUAACGUAGCCAUUGUUGCUUAUUUUGUAUACACCUUUUUUUUGCAAUAGAAAGGAGGAACUUCGAUUUC